AUGUCCAAAGAGCUGACGCCGCUGCUCUUCAAAGAUGCCGAAGACAAAACAGAAGAGGCCAAGUCGAAAUUCCUAGAAAUUCAGGAAUGCUCGUAUCUAUCAAGAAGCCUAGGAAGCAUAGGCCUGAAGGAGCUCAUGGCAUGUGAUUGUUCAGAAGACUGGGAUGAUGAAAAGGAAAUGAACAUGGCAUGUGGCGAACACAGCCACUGUAUCAACAGAAUCACGUCUGUUGAAUGUACAAACAAACUGUGUCUCUGUGGCAAAGACUGCCAGAACCAGCGAUUUCAGAAAAAGCAGUACUGUGAUGUCAAGGUGAUCCAAACAGAGAAAAAAGGCUAUGGAUUGGUCGCUGAGCAGCCAAUCUCAGAGGGUGCUUUUGUUUACGAGUAUAUUGGCGAAGUUGUGGACGAAGAGACGUUCAGACAGAGGAUGAUCGAUUACGACACCAGGAAACUACGCCAUUUCUACUUUAUGAUGCUCACCAAAGAUGCCUUCAUUGAUGCCACCGACAGGGGAUCCUUAGCCAGAUUCUGCAACCAUUCUUGUUCCCCAACGCUUAUGUUGAUAAGUGGAAUGGGUAUUUUCGCUAAGCGUCUGAUCAAAGAAGGCGAGGAAAUCACGUUCGAUUAUAACGUUGACCGUUAUGGUGCCCAGCUGCAGCCUUGUUAUUGUGGCUCUUCCAACUGUCUCGGCUGGAUGGGAGGAAAGACGCAGACGGAUGCUGCACUUCUUCUUCCUGAAGGCAUUUCCGAAGCUUUGGGUGUGACCAGAGCUCAAGAAAAGGCCUGGUUGAAGCGUAAUAAGCAGGCUCGUCUUGCUCAGCAGGACCCAGAUGCCAUCAUCAAUGAAGACUUUGUGAAGAGUCUAGAAGUUGAGGGAUUGAACGAGCACGACGUCAACAAGGCUAUGGCUGCGUUGAUGAAAGCAGAGGAUCGUAACAUCAUUGCCAAGAUCAUCGACCGUGUGUAUUUGACGGAAGAUGCUAAGCUCAAUUCCAUCAUUGUGCGUCUUCACGGUUACAAGACGCUUUCACAGGUUUUGAAGGACCACUCCUCUGAUGAGGACGACUUGACCGAAAAGGUGCUCCAGAUCUUGAAGAGAUGGCCCUCAAUGACAAGAAACAAAAUCGAGCUGUCUCAGAUUGAGGAUGUGGUGAAGAAGAUCGUGGCGGAUACGCUGAAUGAUGAAAUCAGAGAAACCGGAUCUGAGCUUCUUGCGGACUGGAGCAACAACACAGGAAAGAACGAAAAUGUCGCCAGAGGGUCCAUGUCUCCAUUGUAUGGAAGAGCUGGCCGUCUGGCAUCUCCUACCUGGGGAUACGAGGAUGUCACAGAACCUACUACUCAUGAGCUGCCUCACAGUGAAGUAGAGGAGGAGGAAUUGCCUCCUGGGUGGCAGCAAGCUGUCGACCCCAACACCAACACACCAUAUUAUUAUCACUCUGAGUUGGGUAUUUCGAAAUGGGAGAGACCCACGAAUUCUGUGCCAAAAGGCCCUUCUAUUCCCAAGGGUCCUAAGCAGAGUAAAGUCAAGCAACAGCCUCAGCAGCAGCAAACUGGCAAGCCUAAACAGAAAAACGGCAAACCCAUGCAGCGAGACGACGACUACUCGUCUGAAGAAAGCAAACUACAAAAGCUCAAGGAAGAGCAGUACAACGAGAUUCGUCAAAGAGAGAAGAUGCUCCAAGAUCUUAUUCAACAAUCGCAGCAGGAGGCCGAGGAGAAGAAGAGGCUUGCGGAGCAGGCCAAACGAGACAAACUCGAAAAAAUCAAGCAAAGAAGAAGAAAGUUGGAGAUGGCCUACUCCAAGUCCAAAACACCGCUCACCAAGGAGUCUGUGGAGGCACUUUGGACGAAAACCUUGGCCCGUUACAUCCCCAACAUGAUUAAAAAGCACGAGGCCGAAAUCGGGCACGAGAACGUCAAGGGCUGUGCCAGAGACUUGGUGAAAAUUCUCGCCAGCAAAGAGGCCAAAAAGGAAACGGCACCACCCAAGGAGCUCGACAAGGCUAAAGUGAAAAAACUCAAGGAUUUCACCGGCAGCUUCAUGGAGAAGUUCUUGCUUAAGUUCAGGAACAAGCGGCCAAAGACAGAAAAGGGGAGGACCAGAGGGAGCAGGCGGCAUGAGGAGCCGUAA